CAAAGGAGCAACAUUAAUAUGCAGCUGAUUUGAUAGACCUAACGAGAUCAUGUCUCUUAAAGCUGUUCAGUCUAUAGCCUACAGCUUUCGUUGCUCAUUGUCUUGUAUUGUGUGGCAUUUUAUUAUUUGCUAUUGAAUUCAUAAUUGUUCAGUAUGUUUCCUAUAGAAUUUAAUCACUCAAUUGAUUUACAAGAGCCAGUUGUGAUUCCACCGCCACCAUCUCCACUGGAUUUCAAAAACAAAGUUAUAAUUAUCACAGGUGUCAAUUCUAGUAUUGGAGCUGCCACCGCUAUGGAGUUCGCCAAGUGGGGCGGCCUACUUACUGUUGUCGGUCAUAGUGAGGACAGUUUGCGUGAGGUGGCCGACAAGGUCAUUGAUGUACAUGAUCAUUCGCCGCUGAUAGUGCAUGCAGAUAUGACAAAAGAAAAGGAAGUGCGCCAUAUUGUUGACAAAACAAUGGCCACUUAUGGACGCAUCGAUGUGCUUGUCAACAGUGCGUCCGUCGUUGAGAUAGGCAAUAUUGAAACAACUACUAUGGAUCAAUACGAUCGUGUAAUGGAUAUAAAUAUGCGCUCCGUUUUUCAGUUAACUUCGUCGGCAGUGCCGCAUCUGAUCGACACUAAGGGCUGUAUUGUGAAUGUGUCGAGCGUAAAUGGCAUACGCUCGAUGCCCGGCAUACUCACUUAUAAUAUCUCCAAAGCGGCUUUGGAUCAAUUCACACGUUGCAUAGCACUAGAAUUACAGCCGAAAGGGGUGCGCUGCAAUUCGGUCAAUCCCGCCGUUAUCAUAACAGAUAUUCAAAAAAGUGAUAGUAUGGAUGAUGAGACAUAUGAAAUCGCAUUGGAACAGUCUAAGAUGAUACAUUCCACCGCACGUGAGGGCUUUGCGGAAGAAGUGGCAGGAGUAAUUGCAUUUUUGGCAAGCAAUAUGGCGAAAUCUAUUAAUGGUGCUACUCUGCCAGUGGACGAUGGACGGCAUGCAAUGAGUUCGCGUUAAACUGUUAUCAAAAUAUAAUUUUAAAAUAAUUGCAUUUGUGUACUCUUUAAGUAUCAGUAUGUAGUGCUUUUUCGAAACUCUGUACCGUUGAAUAUUUAAUUUAAAGCAAUUUGAAUUGGAAAAAGCAUAACAUACCAGUUUACAAUUUUAUAAACUUAUACUCAAUGAUGAUAAUAAGUGCUAAGUGUUAAGCUUUCAUUAUGUUGAUUAAUGUAUUGCACAUUUAAUAAUAAAGAAAAUUAAUCUUCAAAAUA